AUGAAUUCAUUAAAAGAUUAUUAUUCCAAUUGUCUAUAUGCAUGUUCACCAGAGAAGUAUAUAAUAGAUCAAAAUGAGAUUGAAAUACCAGAUACAGCAAAAACUAAUUUAAGUUUCAGAAUAUUUGAUAUAUAUAAUAGUACUAUAAGUAGUUUUUCUGUUAAAGAUAAUCACUUAAAAAGUUUAAAAUUAAACUUAAAUGAUAAUGAAAAUAUAAGAAUAAAAAAACAAAAAAAAAAUCAUAAAAAUUUAGAUAAAAUAAAAAUUUUAGAUAAUUUCUUUUUUAAUUUUGAAAAUAAUAAUAAUAAUACUCAUAAAUAUAAUGGUAGACAUGAAAAUAAGAAAGAAUGUAUUUUUAUAGAAAACACUUUUGAUUUAGAAUUAUUUAAUAAAAGUAGUAUUCAAAAUAAACCUUUGGAUAAUAAGAAAAAAAAUACGUCAAAUAUAAAAAAAGAGAAUAAUCUAAAAGGUAAUGAGAAAAAAAGUGUAAUAACAAAGAAUAAAAAAUAUCAAAAAUUAAACUCAGAAAAAGAACAAAAAGAACAAAAGGAAGAGGAGGAGAAAAAAGAAAUAAAUUUAUUAAAUAAAGAAUUAAAAAAAAAAAAUAGAAUAAAUGAUAAUAAGAAAAAGGGAUCUGAUAAAGAUAUUUAUGAAAUGCUUAAAAUAAAUGGAAAAAUUAUGAAAACAUCUAAAAUAAAUAUACCAAAAAUAAAUUUAUCAAAGAUUUCAUGA